UAUUGAAAAUGGUAAAUUCUAUACCAUAAAGAACCUCUUUAGGAUAUCCCCAGUCUGCAGAUGGGACACUCUGGUUUAUUCCUUAAACAUUGCUUGAUACAUUUUGAGUGGAAGAUAUGUUCUCUACUGCAAGGGAGGUAGGCUAACUUUUGUUUUGAACUUGGACCGAAUUGGUCAUGGCAGAUUGGGCAAUCUCUACCUUUGAGUCUUGAACGUUGGCUUGAAUAUUUUACUUCGAUGAGACUGGAUAAUGGAUCUUUGGAAUUUGGGUUUGUAUGAAGUGAGUUUCUAGGGUGAGAUGAAGGCCUGGCGUUGCGGGAGUUUCUGGGCGGGUGUCUGAUUUGUGAAGAUGCUCGAGGAGGAUUAGAGUUUAGAACUUGGGGGUCAUAUGACCAAUGAUUAUGAGUUUGGUACUUGUGUUCUUCUUGGAUAAGGUUUAGCUGGAGAUGAUUUUGACGAGCACGAUAAUCAUUAUUCAAGUUCACUUCUGUCAUAAUAAUCUCAUUUAGCGAUGAAAUAGAUGCUUGUUCAAUAUCAAAAUGUUGGUCUUCUCUUAUCCCUUCCAGAAUCGACUUUAUAAUUCAUGGAGCUCAUAGGAUGGUAUAAACGAUCAUCACUGAAUGAUAAAUUGUUCUGCAGAAGAUGAAGAAGUAAGCGAGGAAUAACAGGAUUUUAUUGAAGAACCCAAUAGAUUUGCCAGCCUGGGUUUUUAUAUCAAGCAAUCAGAUCAGAACAAAGAUAACUCAAAGGCAGACGUGAGUUACAUUGUGAUACGCUAUUAAUAUGUUUAUAUCUCUCUGAACUCCUUCAUGACAUGAGAGAGUCUAAUUAAAUACAUGGUAAUAUCCCAAACUAUUAGCCAGCUUGACUCAAUGAAUAUUAACAAAAGGAAGGCAAAGACAUCAAAGGGUAUGAAUAAGCAACAAUGUAUAGAUAUUCUUUGAGUGCUUUCUUUUGUAUGGGGUUGUUUCCUCCAUAACCAUGCAUAAAACUCAGAACCUAACUUUUUCAAUUCCAUUUUGAAUUCGUA